UGCGAUCGCCCUCGCAUUCAUGCAAUCCCCCAACAACCAACAUGUCUUCAACUCGCGCCCCCGAUGAGGCCGACCCGCUCGCAGCCCUCUCUGGCGUGCAGCGCCAGGAGCUGAUCCGCCUAGUCAUGUCGAUCGCAAAGCACAUGCGUCACGCACUCCGCCUCGCCACCAGCACCCCGCAGCCCUCCUCCGACAAACGACUCAGCACGCGCCUCUACCGUCUGGCAAUGCGCAGCUUCGAUGGGUGGCGUGACGAAGUUCUUGUGCGGAUCAGCGCGGUGCUGCAGGUGCCGGUGCCGAAAGACGUGGACGACAAGCGAGAAGUUACCCCGCACGAAGACCCGUUCCUGCACGUGCACUUCCCGCCGUUCGCGACAACUCUCACGCACCUCGAGAAGCGAGAGGUUAUCGUCGAGUCGCUGCUGCUGUUGCUGCUCUCGCUGAAGUCGUAUGAUGCACGCUCCCGCGUCCUACUCCUGCAUGUCGUGUCCUCCCUCGCCCUCCCGCUCGACUCCCUCCUCGACAUCGAAGCGAAAACCGCCAAGACGCUCCUCGAAACCGUGCAGAUGACUGCCGAAGCCGAGUCCGCGAAGCGCGUCGAGGCGUCCCGCUCGUCGAACAGAUGGAAGAUCGGACUGGCGUCCGUCGCGGGGGCCGCGCUGAUCGGUGUUACCGGUGGUCUCGCAGCACCAGUUGUGGCGGCAGGUAUCGGAAGUUUGAUGGGGGGCGUCGGACUCGGUGCUGUGGCAGGGUACCUUGGUGUUGUCGCUGGCAGUAGUACCAUCAUUGGUGCGCUUUUUGGGGCGUACGGCGGGAGAAUGGGCGGGCAAAUGAUGCAGCGGUAUGCGAAGGAGGUGGAAGAUUUCAAGUUUAUCCCUGUCGACGGGUCCUCCGAAUCGCGAUUGCGCGUCGGGGUGGCAAUAACGGGCUGGGUUGUCGAUGGGGAAGCGGAGGUUGUGGAUCCCUGGCGGAGUGUUGGCGGGGGUCUCGAAGCCUAUGCGCUGCGGUGGGAACUCGACGCGUUAACGGAGCUCGGCGUAUCGCUUUCGGAGAUCUUGACCAGUACCGCCAUGAGCUGGGUCAAGCUCGAACUCGCCAAAAUCACCCUAUCCGCUGCGUUAUACUCCGUCAUCUGGCCGUUGGCAAUGCUCCAGACCGCGCGCGUCAUCGACAACCCGUUCUCGAUCGCGAAGCACCGCGCCGACAAGGCUGGGCUGGUUUUGGCGGACGCGAUCAUCAACAAGGCGCAGGGAAAUCGGCCGAUUACGCUCGUCGGAUACUCUCUCGGCGCGAGGGUGGUUUAUAGCUGUCUCCGCUCGCUUGCGGAACGUGGUGCUUAUGGUAUGGUGGAGAAUGUGGUGUUGAUGGGCGCACCCGUGCCGGCAACAGUGGCGGAAUGGCGGGAGCUCCGCUCGGUCGUGGCUGGGAGAGUCGUCAAUGUCUACAGCAAGCAGGACUAUGUCCUCGCAUUUCUGUAUCGGACGAGCAGUGUGCAAUUGGGUGUGGGAGGGCUUCAGGAGAUUCAGUUGGAGGGAGUGGAGAACGUCGAUGAGGGAAAGCUGGUAAGCGGGCAUUUGAUGUAUCGGCAUGCGGUUGGAAGGAUCCUGAAGGGCCUAUUGGUGGGAGAUAUGGUGCUUGCGGAGGUGGAGAAAGGAGAGAUUACUUUGAAGGAUCUGGUCGAGCAGGAGGAGAGAGCGGCGGACCGGACGAUCAAGAUGGUGGAGAACGACAAGGAGAUGGAGACAAAAAACGACACGAGUAACGAAAGCCAGAAGGAGGUCUCCCUGCUCGACUACGAAGCGUCCGAACCGGUGAAGACCAUGCAUUUCGAGACGCUGCAUACUGACCACCGCAACGGACCUAGCAAAAACCGAUUACAGACGCAACAUCCGCUCGAUUCAGACGUCGGCGAACUUCAGCAACUCGAAAUGAGGCCUGAUCAGCAACACGGCCUCAGCAAGAACCUGUUACAAAUGAAACAGCCACUUGAUUUAGACGUUGGCGAUCUUCAGCAGUUGGAGGCAAGGCCAUACACUCCCGUGUCCGAGCCCGAUCCUGAGGUAAAGGAUCUAGAGUCGGGAGAGCACAAAGCAAUCCCAGAGGAGGAUCGUGAGCGGAAUAUGGAUGCUGUUUUGUCACGUGUGGAAGCAAAGCUUGCUGCGAUGAGGAUGAAACGCGGGGGAGCGAAUAGAUAGUGGUCGAUAAAGUGGCGCAAACGAAUAUAACAGUAAUUUCAUCAACC